UUUGCAAAAGUUCAAAAAGUCUAGACGAAAAUGAAGACAAGUGGCGUGGGUGCGUGUGAGACAAAACAAGAGGGCGGGCAAAACAGAGCAGAUCGAUAGCCCAACUUCAUUACCUCCCGAUGCCAAAAAUUACUGUGAAAUAGUUUGAAAAGCCAUGGAUAAGGAGAAGAAGGAAGAAAGUAGCGCAAUUCACCCCGCGGUUGCGCCACUGUCCUACUUGUUGGGCACAUGGAAAGGCGAAGGCGAAGGAGGAUACCCCACCAUCAACUCCUUCCGCUAUGGCGAAGAGCUUCACUUCUCUCACCCUGCGUCUGGGAAGCCCGUCAUAGCCUACUCUCACAAGACCUGGAAACUCGAUUCUGGUCAGCCUAUGCACUCCGAGUCCGGUUAUUGGCGUCCUAAACCUGAUGGUUCUCUUGAAGUUGUCAUUGCUCAGAGCACUGGCCUUGCGGAAGUUCUCAAGGGGACCUACAGUGCAGAGGACAAUGUCAUCAAGCUUCAUAGCCAAGUCGUAGCCAAUGCUUCCAAGGUGAGGGAGAUAAGUCGAGUUUACAAGAUUGUUAAUGGAGAUCUACAUUAUGUUGUUCAAAUGGCUACCAAUCUUACAACUCUUCAGCCACAUCUUAAAGCUGUGCUCAAGAAGCUGCCAUAAAACUUCAAAGUAAGUAGUUUUUCAUUUCGUUGGACCGGAUCAGACUAUUUUUUAUAUAAUAUCCCUAAACUCUGGUCCCGGUCAAAGGCCAGAGGCAGAUUGUUUUGGCUACAAAAGAUAUUGCAAUGUGGUGGCCAAGUCACAAUCUCUGGCGCAGAAACUGGAUUAUCGUGUACUGAAGGCCAACUCAUUUAAAUGUUGACUUAAAACAA